AUGUCAAAACGACAGCCGUCUCGUUCCGUUUCACGGGGUAAUGGCCUGCCUCUCGUGUCGGACCCGAUCCGCUCUGUCCAAGAAGCUGCUUGGGAUGACGAUGAUUACCAGUCCGUCGACGCCACUCACUAUGCCCUAAAAACCGUCAACAAACACAUCGAACGACGCCUAUCGAAGCUGCAAGCUAACACUACGCGCCUGAAGCGUGAGCUGUGGCUGCUUCAGCGACACAUCAAGGAGUUCCGCCACCCUCUCUUCGAAAACUGGGAAGCCGACAUGCUCACACGGCUGAUCGAGGUUGCACACGCCCAUCAGCACCGAAAGCUACCGUGCGGCGUUGUGCUCGGACAGUCGAGCUUUGCGGAACGUGAGAACCUCACGCAUGCUUUCAGUAUUGCGGCGAAGGGGAUCCGUCAGAACACGCUUCAGAAGCUUGGUCUCUCCGAGAAGUAUCAUCAGGCCCUGCAGCGAUAUCCAGAGGUUGCUCCAUAUCGAAGCACGAAUCCUUUCCAGACAGAGUUGGCAUUCGCCAAGUGGCUGGUCGAGGAACAGGAGAACAGACCAGAAUUGUAUACAUUUUGGUCCAAGCUUUUCCCUGUCUGCUACGACCGCAGCGUCCAACAGAGUGCUUCCAUCUUCUGA